AUGGAUCCCAGCACAGGGACACCCCUGUUCAUCGCCCAAGAGACACUCUGCUACUACCCCAUUAGCACAAUUUACAACUCAUGCCCUCGAUACCUUUUCUAUGCACUCAUCCUUGCAAGCUGCGCUACUCGAUGGACAGGAUGGCUGGCAGACGUUUUCCUGGGAGCUGCGGCGACAUACGCAGGAACGGCAGCAAUUCAAGCCUUCAUCCUCGUUUCCGCCCAACAAAAGCCUCAGUCUCCUAGUCCAGUCACUAUUCCGUUCAUAUCUGCAAAUACAACUCUGAUCAAGGAGUUCCCUCAAUUGGUUACUGAAACAGAUCAAGUUAUGCUUGCACCUGCAUCUUUGGAGCUGGACGCCGAUGCGGUUCUUGCCAUUGUCGUGACUGGAUACCUCGUGUUUCUACCACUUCAAGCCUGGUCCCGGGUCUUGACACACGAUCGUGCCCGCAACCUCCUGUUCUAUCUCUGGAACAUACUCAUGCUGGCCGGCUCGAUUUGCGCUCUGAUCUAUGCCGCACAAAUACCAAACACUCCGACGCAGUACAUGUUUUGCUACCCUGACAUUCCUCCAUAUGACGACACCUCAAACGACGGUUGGCAGUCUUCCUGGAGGACUUCAACCUGGAAUAGCAGUGUUUGGAGAACAUUUUCAAAUAUCUCGGCCUGGGGUCAGAUAGGAGAUAUUUGUUUUAAUCCUUGCUUCAACACUACCCAGAUUUUACGCCAACCAGAGUCUUUGCACUCGACUCCUGCUACAGAGGACUCUUCAGCUCCGUCUUCGCAUGGCUUCUGGAACAAGAUUCUGUACUCCAAGCGGUAUAUCUACAGUCUCAUUAUUCUGUGCCUGGUUCUCAACUGCCUUUUGCUGGUUUUCAGGUUUCUUCCUUACAAAUCACGAAUCCCUUCUUCCCAGAUUGUUGUUAUCUGGAAAGCUCGACGGAGGAUUUGGAACGGCUUCAAAGAAGAUAUUCGCAAUGGAAUUAAACGUCCUGUGGAGGAGAAUACGGGAAAGGAAGACGGCGGCACAGUGGCACAUGCCGCCAAGAGACCAUCUGUUUGGCAAAGACUUCGGCCGUUUCUUACCUGGCAGUUUAUCAAGGCGUUUCUACACGUCGCAGUUGAUGCUGGCAUUCUGUUCGGCAUGCUGUUCAGUAUGAUUAUCAGCCCAUUUACUAUUGUUGCGUUUGUCGCAUGGGCUGAGUGGACUCUUUACAAUGACGGCCCAUCGCAGGAGAGUCCACAGCAGGUUGGUCAGUGGGCGUAUCUAGUCUCGAUUGCACUUCUCGUGAUUUCUGCCGGGAUUUUAACACUCAAAUAUCGAAUCGCGUCAUCUGCGGAACUGGACAAUGAGAUCGAAGCUACACGAAAGCGCCUGAGGGAUCUGGAGGAGAAGAGAGAGGCUCGGUCGGAAUCGGAUGGGCUUUGA